UCUGGACCUGCUGCGCCCGCGUCGCAGAUUACGUCAGAAUUGGUGCUUUAUUUGGCAGUCAUAAACAAAAACUGUCCAAAUAUAUUCGUAAUCAAACGACUGAAAAACGAGGAGAGAACACAGUCCACAGCCGAGCAGUUACAUAAGCUUCUACGGAGAUAGAGAUUCCGACAGUACCUCAAGUCAGCGAAAAAAGUGUAUCGCUUGCAAUAAUCACAACAGCACGGACAAAAUUAUGGGAGUGUGGUAAAAAAAAGUUGCAUGCACAAUACGCAACUUAUAAUCUAUACAUGAUAUCGGCGAAAAGAUACGAGCAAUACAUCAUCGCAAUACAUCUACGAGAUAUCGCUGUCGCGAUGUUCGAUGUACCUGUCAACUGCAUGCGUCUACGUAAUGCACGUGCACGGAAUCUAUCCCGCCGCCCGACCCGGACGGAUUCGGCGCUACUGCGAAUGAUACCAGCUCACUCGCGAGCGAGUUAGCCAACCAAGCAGUCAGCCAGUCAGUCGGCGACAUAAAGAGCGACCGCGGGAGCGCCAGUCAACAAUCGGACGCGGUAGCGAACAUCGCCGAAAUGGCUCGCGAUGACGGUGAGCGGCCGACGACGGCUGCAUCGACGACUGCAUCGACAACUGCAUCGACAGCCGCAUCGACGACCGACGACGAACCGAGCAGAACGACCAUCAUCACGUGGAAUCGCUGUAAGGAGCUGCUGCUCGACUUUCACUUGAAUGCCGAUCGGAUAUUUUACCGGAUCGGAUUUAGUAUAGCUACAAAGCCAUGGCUUUGGAUACUCAUGACCCUUUGUCUAAACCUCGUUUGUGGCUUGGGAUUAUUACUCUGGAAGGAGGAGAUUGACGAGAUUGAACUCUACCUGCCAACGGAUUCUGUAAUUCGCAAGGAUGCUUUGUGGGUAAAGGAGCACUUUCGGGACGAUCUCAGAUCUGAAAGCAUCAUAAUCGUUGCCCCCAACAUACUGGAUCCCGAAGUGCUGCGAUCGAUUCAAGAUAUCGAGAGAGAUGUGAAAAGCAUAGUCGUAAAAAAUAACACUUGGAAAGAUGUGUGUGCUGGCUACUUUACAUGGUUUCAAGAAGAUGAUAAAUGGGAAACUAUGGAUAAAACCGAUUUCCCCGAAGGAUAUCUGCCUAUUAUAAAUGAGACGAUGGGAAAAGACCCUUGUAUUUACAAAACACUCUUGAAAUUAUGGCAGAAAAACGGUAACGAAAGUAUUGAAAAAUUAACGAAAAAAGAGAUACUUAGGGACAUUUCCAUGACUUUGCAAAAUACGAAUACCAAAGAUAUAUUAUCCGAUAUCGCGCCAUUAUUGGGAGGUAUCGAAUAUGACGCGAACGGCAAGGUGAAGGGCGCAAAGGCGACAUUAAUGUACUGGUUGCUGAAAAAAAGUAAUCCACACUCACCAGAAUGGGAGACUGAGUUCAUUGAGAGAGUACUACAUUCGAAUCGCACCUUACCACCGGGCAUGGAGAUCUAUGCGGUGACACUGCGCAGCUACCAGGACAUACUGCACGAGGUGAUCAACAGCAACGUGACCGUGUUAUUUUGCGGCAUAUCGCUGAUCCUGAUCUAUGUAAUCGUGAUGAUUGGUCGAUGCAAUGUGAUUCAUCAACGGAUAUAUCUUUCUCUCAUGGGCAUCUCCGUGGUUGGUCAAGCUAUCCUGUCGUCCUACGGAGUCUGUUAUUACAUGGGGUUUUUCUAUGGACCCGUACACCCGGUUCUGCCAUUUCUGUUGCUCGGCAUUGGCGUCGACGACAUGUUUGUCAUCAUGCAGAACCUCGAGAUUAUGUCGGAAACGGACAAGUCCUCGGAUAUUUCUACCCGUAUCGCGAAGUCUAUUCAAAUAUCAGGUAUGUCCAUUACCGUUACAUCUUUCACCAACAUGGUAGCUUUCGCUAUCGGCAUGACGACGGUCUUGCCUUUCUUAAAAUCCUUCUGUAUGUUCGCCGCAAUGGGUAUAUUGUUUCUUUACAUCUACGAGAUCACAUUCUUCGUCAGCUGUCUGGUAUUCGAUGAAAGACGAUUGGCAGCGAAGAAAGACGGUUGUUGUUGCCGACCACGUCCCAAUUGGAGACAGAAUGAAUGCAGUAAACAAAACUUUCAGAGGUCCAUCUUCGAAAAAUACGUCGGACCUUACAUGAUGAAAACAUCUGUGAAAACGAUUAUUCUGCUAGUCACCGCUUCUUUGUUAGGCAUCAAUGUGUGGGCGAUAUUUCAAUUAACUCAGAACUUUGAUCCACUUGUGUAUCUGAAUCAGGAAUCUUACCCUAUACAGUUUCACAAUAAAUUAAAGGAAUACUUUCCCAAGAACGGUAAACAUGUCAACAUAUACUUGACGGGUGUAAAUUAUUACGAGGAUCAUCAAGCGCUGGUUCAGUUGGCGGACAUUCUCAUGCAAAAUCCGUACAUCAAUAAUCAUACUCUCGACCCAUGGUUUAUGGCGUACCAAAAAUGGUUGAACAAAACCAACAAAGCACGAAAUGUAGAGGACAAAGAUGAAUAUUACAAUCAUCUCACGGAAUUUCUCUUGUUCUCUGUAAAGGGCCGAGCAUAUAUCCAGGAUAUGAAAUUCAGCAAAUUACCCUUUAAUGACUAUAAUAUCACAACAACGCAGAUUCCAGUGCAACAUAUCCCCAUAAGCACGACAUCCGAUCAAAUAAAGGCUAUGCAAUCGCUGAGAAACGGCAUAAAAUGCGUGAAUUUUACUGAAGGAUACGAGUAUAUUGCGAUUUAUUCGUUGGAUUAUAUAACAUGGGCAUCGAAUAAGAUUAUCGGUGAAGAAUUAAUCAGGAACUUGAGUCUGGAGAUUGUGGCGGUAGGAUUAGUAACGUUAGUGUUACUUAGGAAUUUAAUUACAACGUUUUGGGUAAUAUGUUGCGUGUUUUUCACACUCAUCGAUCUUCUGGGUUCGAUGUACUUCCUAGGAUUGACCGUCGAAAUCUCGUCGACCAUUAUGAUCUUGCUUUGCGCAGGAUUGGCAGUUGAUUAUGCUUCACAUAUUGGACUAGAGUUCAUACGCUCGAGCGGCAGUAAACAAGAACGCGCAUUGACAACGCUCAGUGUUAUUGGACCGGCAGUAUUUAACGGUGGUUUGAGCACAUUCAUCGCCUUUGUCCUGUUAGGUUUUAGCAAAGCUUACGUUUUCAUGACUUUCUUUAAGCUAUUCACAUCAGUAGUGCUGUUUGGUUUGUUUCACGGGUUGCUAUUUCUGCCCGUAAUAUUGAGUUUGGCGGGACCCGGCGAAAGAAAGCAACCUAGUACGAUAAAAGAUCAGAGUAUACACCAUAACGGCUACUUUACCGUCCGUCUAUCCCAAAAUGAAAAAGAUAUAGAAGAAACGCUUGCUAAAUGAUAAUUAGCAAUGCUUUAAGAGGCUGCUUUAGGUAAAACAUUUUCUAGGUAAUUUUAUAGUGCUGGAAUUUACAUGGAACAUAUGCAUAUAUGUUACAUUUUAUGGAACAUAUGCAUAUAUGUUACAUUGAGAUAUAACAUAUGCGUCUGACUCUCU